AUGAGUUUCCCCAAGGAAGAUGGGGUGAGCGGCUUGUGCCACAAAGCUCUGCAGAUCAUCUCCGAGCUGUGCCUGGGAGGCCAAGUGGAACUGGAGAAAUGUUCGGGCAUUUUUCCUCUGGAGACCUCCAGCCAAGGUAUAAGCCGCACAGACAUCUCUGUCAGCCUGCUCGCAGUUGUCGUCAGCUUCUGUGGGCUCGCCUUGUUGCUAGUCUCACUCUUCGUCUUCUGGAAGUUGUGUUGGCCAUGCUGGCGAAGCAAACCCACUGCUUCAGACACAACAACAAACAUCCCCCAGAGCACCACCAGCGUUCCCCCUGAGUUUUUGGAAACCAACGAGAAAAAGGAAAUCGUUAAAGAAAAUGGGAAGCCCUCAACAAAUAUCCUGGAGGCAGCAAUGAAAAUCAGCCACACUUCCCCUGACAUUCCAGCAGAAGUCCAAAAUGCUUUAAAAGAACAUCUCAUCAAACAUGCUCGAAUGCAAAGGCAGAUUACAGAACCUACAUCUUCGUCCAGGCACAACUCUUUCAGAAGACAUUUGCCAAGGCAAAUGCAGGUGUCCAGCAUUGAUUUUAACAUGGGUCCAGAACCAGUUUUACAAAGAGGGGAGACAACAACCAGCAUUGGACGGAUAAAACCUGAGCUUUACAAGCAAAAGUCUGUGGAUUCUGAAGGCAAGAAAGAGGAUGUGAAAACCUGUGGAAAACUCAACUUUAUCCUCAAAUAUGAUUAUGAAAAUGAACUGCUUUUGGUCACCAUCAUUAAAGCUUUGGAGUUACCAGCUAAAGACUUUACAGGAACCUCAGAUCCGUAUGUGAAAAUCUACCUUCUUCCAGACAGGAAAAAAAAGUUUCAGACACGGGUUCAUAGGAAGACUUUAAACCCCGUCUUUAAUGAAACCUUUCAGUUUCCUGUGGCCUAUGAUCAACUUUGCAACAGGAAGCUACAUUUCAGCGUGUAUGAUUUUGACAGGUUUUCCAGACAUGAUAUGAUUGGGGAAGUUAUUCUUGAUAACUUUUUUGAAGUUUCUGAUCUAUCUAGAGAGGCUACAGUAUGGAAAGACAUCCAUUGUGCCACUACAGAAAGCAUUGACCUGGGGGAAAUCAUGUUUUCCCUUUGCUACUUGCCGACAGCAGGGAGGAUGACCCUCACAGUCAUCAAAUGCCGAAAUCUCAAAGCAAUGGAUAUCACUGGUUCAUCAGAUCCCUAUGUCAAGGUAUCUCUGAUGUGUGAUGGUCGACGCCUGAAAAAGAGGAAAACAACCACAAAGAGGAACACUCUCAACCCAGUGUACAGUGAAGCUAUAGUUUUUGACAUUCCUCCUGAAAACGUGGAUCAAGUCAGCCUCUCCAUUGCUGUCAUGGAUUAUGACCGAGUAGGGCACAAUGAAGUGAUCGGAGUAUGUAGGACUGGACUGGAUGCAGAAGGACUUGGAAGAGACCACUGGAAUGAAAUGCUGGCAUAUCCACGCAAACCAAUAACUCACUGGCAUCCGUUAGUAGAGUUGCCAGGCCAAGCAACCAGCUUUGACAGUCAAGGAUCCUGUUCAUCACCAAAACCACCACUCACACCCUAGAUUGAACAGCGGUG